AUGACUGAUCAACUUCAACGACGUGUUAUAAGUCGAAAUCAGAGUAGCUACGCUAGUUUCAAUAAUAUCAAUAAUGGUGGUAAUCCGCUAUUUGCAGCAUUGAAUGAAUCCCAAUUAGAUAAAACAGUUAAAGAACUUUGUGAACAAUAUCGAUUGGCAACUACUCCUAACGAUUUAUUCAGAGUAAUAGAUGACAUUGAUAAUGAACUUGAAAAAAUAGAUAAAGAGUUAAACAAUUAUUCCACAUUAAAACUGAAACGAUUCCAACAAGACAUUAAUAGCAUUGAAUUAAAUAGAACUACCAAAUUAUCAUCAGCUAUAACUAAUUCAAGUGAAUUAGUUUCAAUUUUCCAGUCUGCUAAUGAUUUAGGACAUUCGUUAACAUUUAAAAUCAAAUCGUUAGAUGAAGAAAUUGGAAAUGUUAAUAAGACCCUUGAAUUUGUAACUGAUAUUCAAUUAUUAAGAAAUAAUAUAAAUCAAGCAAGUUAUGCUAUUGAACAUAAGAAUUAUGAAUUAGCAGCUCAAUGUAUCCAUACGAUCAAUUCAAAAGUAUCCAAAGAUUUAAUCCAUGGGAAAUUUGCUUCUAUUGUCAUUCCAUCAACUGAUAUACCUGAAUUACCUCAAGCUACUUUAAAUAAUUGGAUUGACCAAUUAACCGAAAUAUUCAAAUUGAAAUUCAAUGAAGCUGCUAAAAACAAGAAUGUGGAAGAUUUAACUAAAUAUUUCCAAUUAUUCCCAUUAAUUAAUCAAGAAGAAAUUGGUUUAAAUUGUUAUUCCAAAUUCAUUUGUCAAAUUAUAAAUGAUACUUCCAAGAAUUUAAUUAUAACAACAUCAUCAGUUCCAGCUGAUGAUUUAAAAGCUGGAAUCUUUGCCACUAUCACAAUGCAAUUCUUUGAAAGUAUUUCUAUGAUGCUUAGCCAACAUGGUCCAUUGAUUAAACGUUGUUAUUCAUCAACAUAUCCUAACGCUUUAAAUUAUGUCAUAACUAAGAUUCAACGUGAAAUUGAUUCUCAAGUAGGUAUAAUUGGAGAUACCUUUUAUGAUGUACGAAGAAUUGAUAAAUAUUUCCAAGAUAUUAAAUUAUAUAAUUUCCCAAUCCUUUCCAAACGUUUAAACGAUUUACAAGAACAAAUGCAUGAUGAAUACGAUUCUAUCGAUGAUAUAAUGGAAAAUAAUAACGAUUUGGUUUCAAUUGUUCAAGUGGGUGAUUUAAUUAAUGAAUUAGCUACUAUUUUCCAUCAUUGGUCAUUAUACUGUAAGUUUAUAACUAUAAAGUAUUUCAAAACUGUUGAAUCACAAGAUACCACCUUAAAGUUACCUGAUUUAAUUCUUAAUUCAAACUUUACCAAAAAGGUUAAUAAUAAAUAUUUACCAUCAUUUGAGAUAUUGUAUACAUUUUAUUUCCGUCGUUCCGUUGAAAAGGCUAUCACUAUUGAAGAAUUACCAAGUUUAGAUAGUUAUCUUUUAUCAUCCAAAUCAGGCAUAAAUGAAAUUUCGAAAUCACCCGAACAAGUUCCAUGUUCUUCUGUGAUUGAAGAUAUCACCCUUAUUCUUAAUAAUACUUUAAGAAAUGUGAUUGAUUCAUCCAUCCCAUCAACCGUAAAGAAAUUUAUCAGUGAGAGUUUUAAAGUGAUUCAAAGUGAUGUAAUUAACGGAUUUUUAAUCAAGAAUCUUAAUGAUAAUCAACCAAGAUAUAAUCAAACCUUAUCGUUAACCUUACCACCCAAUGCUAAUUUAGCUAAUGGACUUCUCAGCAGUUCAGUUAGUCCAGGUGCCACUAGAAGUAAUACCCCUGAACCAUCUGGUAUGUCAUUUUUAAAAGGUGCUCAAAGUGCAUUAGGUAAUGUGGUGGCAUCAGGUACAUCCGGUAUUGUUGGACAAUUACAAACUUCAUCAACUAAUCCAGCUAAAUUAUUAAAUUUUAUCAUUUAUUUGAAUACUGUUGCUAUGGGUCAAGAAUAUUUCGUUAAAGUAUUUGAAAAUAUCAUUAAAAAUGAUGGAAAUUUAAAACAUAUAUUCCCGUUCGGUAAAGAUUUUGAGAAGAUUGAAGUAAUAUUGCAUAAUGAUUUCAUAGAUCCUUUUAUAUCAAUCACCAAUAAAAUCAUAUCUGAUAGUAUUAUCAAUCUUUAUAAUCAAUCCUUGAAGAAUAAAUUAGUGAUUUUAAUUAAUGAUUUCUUACCGGAAUCAAAUGAUGCCACGUAUAUAAUCUAUUCAUCUAAUGAAUUGAAUGAUAUUAGUGCAUUAUUAAAAUUCUCAUCAUCAUGGCAAUCAUUAAUUAGACCAUAUAUUCGAACAUGUCAUAAGAAUUUGAUCUUAAACAAAUUAUUGAGAUUAUUGGUUAUAAACUUUGCUAAUUUGAUCGAAAAGAAAUUAUUAUCAAUCUUAAAGAAAUUCAAAAUCAAUGAAUUAGGUUCAAUUAAAUUAGAAAAGGAUUUAUCUUAUUUGAUUAAUGAAGUUUGUAAUGAUAAUUAUCAAUUGAGAGAAAGAUUUGUUAGAGUCACACAAAUGGUAUUGUUAGUGGGAAUGGAUGAUGAAGAAUAUGAAGAUAGUAUUCAACAUAUUAAUCAAAAUAAAGAAAUUAAACAAGAAGAUCAAAAAGAUGAAGAUGAAGAAGAUGAAGUUAUAGGUAUAAAUUGGGUGUUAACACCCCAAGAGAGAAAACAAAUUAGAAGAUAUAGGGUAUAG